AUGGCGCUGGGUGACUUUCUCCCACGAUGGGGAGGUGUGAAGGACCAAGCUUGGGAGUGGGGAAGACAGAAGAGGAAGGAACAGUGUGGGAAAGACAAGCAGCUGACGUGGCGUCUGCUUUUCCACCAAGCAGAAGGGACAGGUGAAAAGCGGCACAUUCAGAGGCCAGAUGGCUCCCAUCGACAUGAGCGCCCGGAACUCUCCGGACCCUGCCUGUGCCUACUCCCAAGCAAAGCAGAGGAAUUUCGUUUUCCAUCUGACACUGUCCUGCCGUCGGCCGAGUGUCAGCCCUCUUUAAAUAUGUGUCUCUCUGGGUUAGAAGCAAGAGAGGUGGCAAAGUCACUCCUGCCUUUGAGAACCUGUGCCACUUGGCAUGAGAUCGUGGAGGAAGAAGCCAAGAGCAGAAAUGUCUUCCUGUCCCCGUGGCCUCUCAGGACCCCACACGGUGCUGGGGACCGAUAUGGGAGGCUGCAAGACGGCACCACUGGCCUUGCCAGGUGUGGGGUCCAGGCCCUCUCAAUAAACUGUGCCCUCGUUUGGCUGUUACUCCCUUUGGACCCUUCUGCGGCCUUCCCUCUGCCACGUGUGGGAGAAGGUGGCUGGGCUUGGCGUGCCCCCAGCCACAGCAGCAGAGCUGAGUCACGCGGCGUGCACAGGAGAUUCGUAGCAGCUCAUCUGCCAUAUAAACCGCUUGGCUGGCUCCUGGAGAAGCUGAAGGCCUGGUGGAGAAUGAUGGUGGCUGACACGCACUGCAAAGCCGGCUGGAAAUUGGAUUAG